AUGUCAUCCCCCACGCAACUUCAGGUUCUCCUUCUCGCCUUCAAGGAUAUGAACAUCCUCGAUCUGACAGGUCCCUGCGAAGUUUUCGCCCAUGCCAAAGCCAAGCUUACCGUUGGAGCGUCCUCAGAGAUCACGACUAGCUUCGAAGGCAUUUCUGUCCAACGAGACCGUUCUCUCGCCUCGCUACUUGACUCUCAAGACACAAUGUCCGACGAUACGUCCACUCUGCCACCUUUGGAGCAAUACGAUGUCCUCGUCAUUCCAGGCAGCCUGUUUGAACGCGUUCUCGCAGCGAUCGAACACGACGCCGAUAUCUGCAACGUCAUCGCCAAAUGGGCGAAUCUCGCUCGUCCUCCCGUAACAGCUUCUACUGGAAAUUGGAAGAAUCGGAAACCCCUCCUCACAAUUUGCGGAGGCGCAUCAUUCGCUGGAUAUCUUGGCCUGCUCGGCGGAAAGCCCUGUACAACACAUUAUCUGGAUCUCGAAGGGCUGCAGGCGGUUUGCGUGCGAGCGGGCCAAAAGGCAGAUGUAGUGAGGAAGAGGGUCGUGGAUGCUGGAGAGACAAGUGCUGGCAUGAGAGUUCUGACAUCCGGGGGCGUGAGCUGUGGAAUCGAUGCGAGUCUCUGGUUGGUAGGCCAGAUGGUGGGCUUGGAUGAGGCAAAGAGUGCAGCGAGAUUGAUGGACUAUAAGUGGGAGGUCGACCUCGAUGGAGAUAUCACGAAAGGAAUGUUGGUUUGA